AUGCUCAUGGGUAUUGACCACACUGUCGAGCCAGCGACCCAUGUGGCCCGUGAGCGAAUGGCCUUCGAUAUCAAGUUGCUGCAAACCACUCUUAAAGUAACGAAACCUACUUUGGAGGAGAACGCUCAGGCGAAAAAGCGCAACCGCAUCCACCGAGCGGCCCGAAAGCAGUGGGUGACCGCAACCACGCCAUUUAUCCGUGUGAAACGCGGCAAAGAAUUCGAUGACUUAAAGGCAUGCGGCGUGAAAAAGAUGAAGACCGUGGGUGAAGUUCCCGAAGUGGCCAAAGUUGCCAAAGAAGUUCGUUUUGAUGGAAGUCGAAAAAAACUUUUGAAAGAAGCGGCGAAGAAGGCUAUGGACGCGGAUUUGGUGGCAGUAGGAGGUUGGGACAAGGAGGUGAUUCCGUCCGAAGAAAUUUGGAGCAUGCAGCCGUCAAAGGUGGAAGAAGGACGACAGAUGACAGUGACCGCUGACACUGAUACCACGAUGUCCAAGAAAAGACCACUCCCGGACUAUGAAGACGAGGACUUUGGCCAUUGCGCUUCAGCCCCAUCUGAAGAAUCCAAAGCGGCUAUAAUCCGCAGGAAGAAGCAGACGGUUUCCUCGAGUUCCUCCUCGGACGUGCCGAAGAAUCACGGCAAGAAGCGCACGGUGCCCAAGAAUUCGUCGAUGAGAGUAAAAUUGGAUCAGCAAGUUGAAUGUAAUGACGAAACAGAAGAGGACGAAGAAGAGGAUGAAGAAGAGGCCGAGGUCGAUGAUGGCUGUCCUAUAUCCGCUACUUGUCGUAGUAUCCAUCCUAGACUGGUGUUCCCAAACAGGAAAAACUGA